GUGCGGUUAAAGUAUUUCCUCUGAUAUUUUUCAUUGAAUUAAAGAAUGCACUGAGAAUUCCGACUGCAUUAUUUGAGCAAAUAACUAAAAGUAUUCCUAACAAUGUUCACAAUAUGAUGCUUUAGUACAAACAAUAUAUUUAGUGUGAAAUUAAUUACGUAUUUCCCAGUCAACAUCGACCUCUGUUGAAAUCAUAACCUACAAAAUUCAGCGCGUUUUAAUGCAUGAGUUGUAUUUUUUAGCUUAACUGCUAAAUUCAUUACGUCGGCGGAAAUUUGAGUGCGACUAUCCUUAUUCCAAGAAGCAGUUUUCAAGAUUAUUUAACACUAACAGCGUUUCUGGAAAUAAUCAGUUACCAUGUCUAAUUUCAAUUUAUGUGGGUUGCUGUUGUUUUGCAAUUUAAUAUUACUUUUUUGUAAGGCAGCUAAAUCACAUCCGUUUGUGUUCCAAAAAUAUUUAAAUUCUUGUUCCUAUAAUUCAUCAGGUGGUAAAUUAUUAUUUACAAGCAAAGAAUGGAUAGUGAAAGAUGCUGGUAUUGUUAUUUUCUACACAUUGUGCGGUUAUUUGCGUGAAGAAAUAUGUGGUGAAAAAGCUGCAGCUUGUUUAAAAAGUAAAGAAUAUAAUACAAUAAUUGGAAAAAAGUUUAUUUUAGGAAAAGACAAUUCACUUAAACUUGUUAGUGGAAAUUUCUGCAAAGCUAAUUCUGCAAAAAAAUAUAAAAUAACAAUUAAAUUUGAAUGUGACCAAGAUAUGGAGGAAGCACAUUUAGAAAAGGAAAGUGAUUGUGAAUACAAUAUACAUAUGAUUCAUCCAAAAUGUUCACUAAAUUGUGUCACAAAUAUCGAUAACCAGUUAAUUGACCUAAGAAAACUAAAAGGAAAUUACUUUGUCACCUCAAUAAACAACACAAAUUUUAGUAUUGCUUUAUGUGGUGCAAAACAACAAUGUACCAAAGCUGAUAGUGAUAUUUCUAUCUGUAAAAAGGAUAAUGGUGGAAUAAUACCUUUGUCCAGGGUCGACCAUGAAAGAAUAAUUUAUAAUUCAGACAAAAAUGAAAUUGUGUUUCGUGGAUCAUAUAAAGAAGAAAGUGAUUUAAAGAAAUUUGAAUUGUUACUGAAAUGUGACUGGGAAAAUGAUAUAGGACAGAUAAAUUACAGGAAGCUUCCAACUCAAGGAAAGGAGUAUAAAUUCAUUAUGGAUUCUUCCUAUGGGUGUGUAAAGUUACCUUCUGAAUGUGUGGUAGAAGAUUCAUCUCUGAUUUACAAUUUGACAAAUCUAUAUAGAAAUAAUGGAAGAUACCAAGUGUUAAAGGUGCCUAAUGGAAGUGUUAUAUAUCUAAAUAUUUGUGGACCAUUAACUUUUAAACAAAGCCUGGAAAAUUCCUGUACUAGAUCAUUUUCUCAGGUGUGUGAAUUAAAGGAUGGGAAAUAUAUAAACCGAGGAAGCACAACAUCUAAAUUUAAAGUAUAUAACGAUGUCAUUAAAAUUUCCUACACUAAUGGUGUAAAAUGUAACAAAGAAGAUCCUUUAAAGCGGUUCAGCACUCACAUAGACUUUUACUGUUCAAAAACAGAUCAAGGCCCUAUAUUUGUAAAAGCUGAUGACUGUGAUUUAUUUAUAAAUUGGAAUACGCCGUAUGCAUGUCCGACUUAUAAUAAAUCAAGUUGUGAGCAUGAAUCAGAAGAAUACUUUAACUGCUCUGUAACAUUUCGAGAGGAGCUCUAUGAUUUAAGUCCAUUGAAGCUCUCUGGUGAUAGUUAUGAGAUAGAUGAUCCUAAAAACAAGGGUAUUAAAUAUUAUUUAAAUGUGUGUGGUUCUGUUAUUGACCCUGAGGCACCAUGUAAGAAAAAUUCCAUGGUUAUAAUGAAGGAUAUGGAUGAAAUGAAUAUAAAAUACAGAAUAAAGUCACUAGGAAAAAUAGAUUUAAUAUCUAUUGUUAACGAACAGAUUGUUAUAGAAACACUAACUGGGACUUACUGCGGAGAAGAAGGGGACUACACUAGCAGUGUUAGUUUAAUUUGUGACUCUGAGGAGAAAAAACCUCGACUUGUAAAUAAUACAGUGUGUACAUUCCAAUUUGAGUGGAGGACUCCUCAUGGUUGCUUAAAUAAAAUUGAUUCUGGUAUGAGUCGGUGUAUAAUUAAAGACACAUCCGGUGAUAUUUCAUUAGAUUUUACAGAAGUAAAUAGAAAGUCUGUAAAAGUCAACAUUGACAAAAUGUACUACGUGUUUGAUAUUUGUAAGGAUAGUUACUCCCAGUGCUUAGCAAAUGAUUGUCAAAAUGUACCUUUAAAGAAACAUCUUACGUUAAAUAAUAGUACAACAUUUCUAGAAAUGAACCUAUCAAAAACCUGUGAUACCAAAAGUCCUAUUAAUAAAGUAAUUUUUGAGUUAGUGUGUGAUGAUAUACAACAUAAUGAACACUUCAGUCUAAAGGAAGAAAUUAAUGAUUGUACUAUAAAACUUCUAUUAUAUACAAAUUUAGUUUGUGGCAGAGAGGAAUAUCAAGUGGACGAAAAAGAUAAAAAUGAGAAGUAUUUCAUAGUGGAUGGAAAGGAGUUCAAUCAUGGAAAGGAGUUCAAUCAUGAAAAUGAGUUAAAUCCUGAAAAUGAGUUCAAUCAUGAAAAUGAAUUAAAUCAUGAGCAUCAAAACUGCUCAGUAUUAAGCUCCAUAACUGGUUAUACCAUAUAUUUGAAUUCACUGCAGCUUAAUAUUUCAACUCUUUGUCCAACCAUUUAUUUUUAUGAAAACAACAAAUCUGUUGUUUUGAUAUAUCCUAAUGAUAAAAUUUGUAGUAAAUCUACUUUAGAUGCUAAAUAUGAGUAUAAGGCUGUAUUAACUUGUUCAAAUAAAGAAUUACAUAAAACGGAGAAAAUGGACUGUUUUGAAGUAUUCCAUCUAGAACGACCUGAGUUUUGUAAACUCUUUGAAUUCUCAGUUUUAGAUAGGCCUCAGAAGAGUAACACAGUGACAAUUGUGUUUUCAACUCUUGGGGCCAUUGUUUUCAUAAUAAUAUUAAGUGCUUUCGGCUUUUAUAAAUGGAAAAAAUAUUCAAGAAAAUCAUUGUAUCUCACCGUCUAUGAUAAGGUAAAAGACCCUUAAAUAAUGAUACACACUAUUUUGUCUUACAUUUGAAGAAAUAUACAGUCGUAAAACCACAAAUAUUUCAUUUCCCUUAGUCUCUCGAAUUUUUUUUCGAAAAGCCAACGUUUAUUGUAUUUGUAUUCAUCAAAGUGUGAUUUAAACAAGGUGUUUGUGGACUUAUAUUAUUAAAGAAAAAACUUUGGAAACAUUUCCUUUAAUUACAAGUAGCAUAUUUUCCUGACUAAAAAAACGUUAACCAGCUAUUGAUUUGGUAGAGAAUUUAAAAGGUUUUGUACUAUCAUCCUCUAUAAUGGUGAUAAGUUUUUUUAAAACAUUCUUGGUAUAAGAAUAUUUGCUAAUAAUCAAAAUAACGCAUCUAAAUGAUUAACCAAACAAAAAUUAUGUAUAGGAACAACUUUUUAUAAGAAGCUUAACUUUUAAUCCCGCUCUUGUUUGUUAUGUCACAAAUAAAUAUUUAUAUUGUU